AUGGCCUGGGUGCUCAAGAUGGACGAGGUGAUCGAGUCCGGGCUGGUGCACGACUUCGACGCCAGUCUCACGGGCAUCGGGCAGGAGCUGGGCGCCGGCGCUUACAGCAUGAGUGAUGUCUUGGCAUUGCCCAUUUUCAAGCAGGAAGAUUCUAGCCUUCCAUUGGACGAUGAAACUAAAAACCCGCCCUUUCAGUAUGUGAUGUGUGCCGCGACAUCUCCGGCAGUGAAACUGCACGAUGAGACACUCACUUACCUGAACCAAGGUCAGUCUUAUGAAAUUCGGAUGCUGGAUAAUCGGAAAAUGGGAGAUAUGCCUGAGAUCACUGGAAAAUUGGUAAAGAGCAUCAUAAGAGUCGUAUUCCAUGAUAGACGGCUACAGUAUACAGAACAUCAGCAACUCGAAGGUUGGAAGUGGAAUCGCCCAGGAGAUAGACUUCUUGAUUUAGAUAUCCCAAUGUCCGUGGGAAUAAUUGACACAAGGACAAAUCCAAGCCAGUUAAAUGCAGUUGAAUUUCUGUGGGACCCUGCAAAACGCACAUCUGCUUUCAUUCAGGUACACUGCAUCAGCACAGAAUUUACUCCCCGGAAGCAUGGAGGCGAGAAGGGAGUGCCUUUUCGGAUCCAGGUGGACACCUUUAAGCAGAAUGAAAAUGGAGAAUAUACAGAUCAUCUACACUCAGCGAGCUGCCAAAUCAAAGUUUUUAAGCCUAAAGGUGCAGACCGGAAGCAAAAAACUGACCGAGAGAAGAUGGAGAAGAGAACUGCUCACGAAAAAGAAAAGUAUCAGCCAUCCUAUGAUACCACAAUCCUCACAGAGAUGAGGCUUGAGCCUAUAAUUGAAGAUGCAGUUGAACAUGAGCAGAAAAAGUCCAGCAAGCGGACUUUGCCAGCAGACUACGGUGAUUCUCUGGCAAAGCGAGGCAGUUGUUCUCCAUGGCCCGACGCCCCUACAGCCUUUGUGAAUAACAGUCCCUCCACAGCGCCCGCCUUCACCUCCCCACAGCAGAGCACCUGCAGCGUCCCAGACAGCAAUUCUUCUUCCCCAAAUCAUCAGGGAGAUGGAGUUUCACAAACCUCUAGUGAACAACUUCAGCCUUCAGCCACCACCCAGGAAACACAGCAGUGGCUGGUCAAAAACAGAUUUUCUUCCUACACAAGACUGUUUUCCAAUUUUUCAGGUGCCGACUUAUUAAAACUGACAAAGGAAGAUUUAGUACAAAUUUGUGGGGCAGCCGAUGGAAUUCGGCUGUAUAAUUCACUGAAGUCAAGGUCGGUUAGGCCCCGCUUAACCAUCUAUGUCUGUCAGGAGCAGCCGGGCAGCUCACUGCUGCAAGGGCAGCAGCAGGCUGCAGGCAGUGGAGCCGAGAAUGGCAGUGGGACACCCUACGUUUAUCAUGCAAUCUACUUGGAAGAAAUGGUUGCCUCAGAAGUUGCUCGAAAACUUGCGUUGGUGUUUAAUAUUCCGUUCCACCAGAUUAACCAGGUUUACAGACAGGGUCCCACUGGUAUUCACAUUCUUGUUAGUGAUCAGAUGGUUCAGAACUUUCAAGAUGAGAGUUGUUUUUUAUUCUCCACAGUAAAAGUUGAAAAUAGUGGAGGUAUCCACAUAAUUUUGAAGUGA